ACGAGAAGACGCUACGCGUUUAAUCCUCUUACAGAGCGGCCGAGAGCGUUUUAAUCAAUGUUAUCACAGGGGAAAACACAUUUACUUCAGUUUUAUUCGCUUACAAUACAUCUGACAGUACGGUUUGAGCAUGGCGUCAGUGUUAGACGCGCUGUGGGAGGACAGAGACGUGAGGUUUGACGUCACGGUACAGCAGAUGAAAACUAGACCAGGUGAAGUGCUCAUCGACUGCCUGGAUUCAAUCGAGGACACGAAGGGAAAUAACGGGGAUAGAGGAAGACUACUGGUGACCAAUUUAAGAAUUAUCUGGCAUUCAUUGGCACUGCCAAGAGUCAACUUGUCGGUGGGAUACAACUGCGUAAUUAAUAUCACCACGCGGACCGCAAAUUCGAAACUGCGAGGUCAGACUGAGGCGCUUUACAUAUUGACCAAAUCUAAUAACACUAGAUUUGAGUUCAUCUUUACGAAUGUGGUUCCAGGAAGUCCGAGACUGUUUACAUCGGUCAUUGCUGUUCACAGGGCUUAUGAGACCUCCAAAAUGUAUCGGGAUCUCAAGCUAAGAGGAGCUCUCAUUCAAAAUAAACAGCUGAGACUUUUGCCACAGGAGCAAGUUUAUGACAAAAUUAACGGAGUCUGGAACUUAUCCAGUGAUCAGGGUAAUCUUGGAACUUUUUUCAUUACUAAUGUGAGGAUUGUGUGGCAUGCCAACAUGAAUGAGAGCUUCAACGUCAGCAUUCCCUAUCUGCAAAUUCAUUCCAUAAGGAUCAGAGAUUCUAAAUUUGGACUCGCUCUUGUCAUUGAGAGUUCUCAGCAAACAGGAGGAUAUGUGCUGGGAUUCAAGAUUGAUCCAAUGGACAAGUUACAAGAUGCAGUGAAGGAAAUCAAUUCUUUACACAAAGUGUACUCAGCAAAUCCUAUUUUCGGUGUGGAAUUUGAGAUGGAAGAAAAGCCUCAGCCUCUAGAGGAGCUGACUGUAGAGCAGCCCCCUGAUGAUGUGGAGAUUGAGCCCGAUGAACACACAGAUGCCUUUACAGCUUACUUUGCAGAUGGAAAUAAGCAACACGAUCGUGAGCCAGUAUUUUCUGAAGAACUGGGUCUGGCUAUAGAGAAACUGAAGGAUGGAUUCACACUACAGGGACUCUGGGAGGUCAUGGGUUAAUACACUGAAAUGAUGAUACUGAGUGACCAUUAGAUAACUGCACAGUAAAAGUUUACAAACAGUUCUGUAUUUUGCAGUUACAUUGUUUGAUUUUUUUACAUUCAAAAUCAAGGCUUUGCCCAUCAGUGAAAUGACAAAACUGCUAUCCUAUCUGUUUUUUUUUUUAGAGUAUUUAUUUAAUAACCAAUAAUAAGAGGUAUUUACAUUUGAUGAACCAAGUGUAGGUUAAGAAAUGUACUUUAAAUGUAUAGAUAGAAAUAUAGGUGUAAUAUUUCUACUUAUGUAAUAAAAGGAUUAAAUAAUUACAAAUCGUACAUUAGAAACAUGCUAAUUUUGCUAUUGUGUUGUAAUAAAGGUAUAUGAGAAAGUGG